CGGAACGAAUGAUUCUCUACGCACCACUCAUGGGCUGGAAGGUCCUGCUGCAGAGGCAUUCAACAACGUGUCACCCGACGUGAUGAUAACCGGGCACGCUCUUGUAAAUACAAUAACUCGAACUGAUUUCCAGCUAUUAUCAGCCACCACCCACCAGAAUGGAGUCGCUCUCUGAGACGCCAUGGGAUGUAACAAUCUCUGGCACUGGUCUGGCCCAGUCACUUUUGGCACUUGCCCUUUCUCGUUCAGGGAAAAAGGUACUCCAUGUUGACCGGAACCCGUAUUAUGGGGGAUCGGAAGCAGCCUUUAGUCUGCAAGAAGCCCAGGAAUGGGCUACCAGAGUAAAUCAAGAACCCGAGGACUUCCCCUUUGAAGAUGCAACUGUCCAUCGACCCGAGGAUACGCAGUUGUCGGCUCCUCGGGCAUACACGCUCUCCCUCUCGCCGCAACUCAUCUAUUCUCGGUCGCGGCUGUUGCCUACAUUGGUGUCUUCUAAGGUUUACCGCCAGCUGGAGUUCCAAGCUGUUGGAAGCUGGUGGAUUCAUAGAACUUCGUCCAGUAAUGAUGGGGACAACAGCAGCGGAUCCUUGUAUCGAGUACCAAGCAGUCGGGAAGAUAUUUUUGCGGAUGAUUUGAUUACUGUCAAGUCCAAGCGGACUUUGAUGAGAUUUCUCCGUCACAUCGGAAAGCCUCAAGAGGAUCAUGAUGGCCCAGAAGAGGAUCUUUCAUCUCCACUCUCGGAAUACCUAGCUUCGAAGUUUCAGGUGCCCGCUGAGCUUCAUGAUCCCCUACUCUCUCUUUCAUUGUCGCAAGCUGCUCCUCAACAAACACCAGCCGAUUUUGCGGUUCCCCGCAUCAAACGACACCUUGCAUCCAUUGGUGUGUUUGGUCCUGGGUUUGGAGGCCUGCUGGCAAAAUGGGGAGGUGGCGCCGAGCUCGCCCAGGUCGGUUGCCGCGCCCUUGCUGUCGGAGGUGGGGUCUAUGUCUUGAAUGCUGGCAUCAAGUCUAUGACUCCUUCCUCCGAAACGGGAGAUGCUGAUGACGCGCGUGCCGAAGUGCAUCUAUCCAAUGACGAGGUCAUCAAGACUAAAUUAGUCCUUGGCUCUCAGUGGGAUCUUCCUGAUCAAGAGCGUCCUACCUGUGACAAGGUGGCUCGAUCAAUUGCAAUUGUUUCGUCUCCGCUCGAAAGCCUUUUCCCAGUCACGGCUGAAGGCGCCCCGGUCCCUGCCGGAGCCGUCGUGGUAUUCCCUUCAAGCUCUUUGGGUCACGCAGAUGACUCGCCCCCAGUCUAUGUCUUGGUCCAUUCAAGCGAGACUGGGGAAUGCCCGCCAGGACAAAGUGUCCUUUAUGGCAGCGUUAGCAUCCCUGGACCUGAAGGUCAGUCCUUGAUUGAGAAUGCGAUGCAUAAGCUUCUUCAAUCAAGUGCUGAUUCCAGUGCAACUGUCCUGUGGUCCCUUUGCUACACACAAUUGGGUCAAGCCAGCACUAAAGCUGGAGCACAAGUCCCUACUCUCACGCGCCUCUCCAAUGAUACCUUUUGCUUCCCGCCUGUUAAUCUUGAUCUUGCUUUUGAUGAUAGCCUGAUCGAUGUGGUCAAGGAAGCAUGGAGGCUAGUAAUGGGUGAUGAGGCGAAGGAAAGCGAGUUCAUGGAAUUCGAGGACCGUGAAGGUGCCUACGACGAGGAAUGAUGCUUGCCUUGUAAUUCCCUUACUAUACCAUCUAGCAUGCUGUAGAUAUAGUACAAUUUAUUUAUCUCAUUCGAAC